AUGUCUUCACUCAGCAUUUUGGACAGCCAGAUGUCACACCUCUCCAUGUCCGACGAUGACAUGGACGAUUGUUCCUCCCAAUGUUCUUACUAUUCCCUCACCGACCUCGAGGACGACGAAUGGAUGCUUCGCAUCCCUGCUUCCGAGGUCCGAAGACAAGCGAAAUUGGUGCCCGAUGUCCCUUCACCUGGAGCCAAGUAUCCGCACGACUUCCUCAACAAAGAAGGGUUUCCGCUUGACGUGUCUGGGCCGAUGGUGGAAUACCCUCUGUGCCUGAAUGGCCGUUAUGUCUUUGGUGACCCUGGCCCGGCACGGCUCAUCGUCAACCCAUCUCGGCCUAAUAGCCUUGAUGUGGUUUAUCAUCGAAACCGCGACGACAGAGGCUUCUUUCAAGCUAAGUAUCGCCCUAAGGGAUAUCGGAGAAAGGCCAUAGGCAAUAUCACACCUAUGUUUGCCACACCCCCAUCACCAACCCUCGGCUACGGCUUGGGACUAGCAUAUCCGACCUCACCAAUGUAUCAGGGUGUUUGUGGCACUGAAUUGUACAACCCAUACUUUCCAUAG